AUGCGCGUCGCCCCAGACCCGACGUGGCCGCGCUUGCUGCUGCUGCUGCUCAUCGGCUUCCUGCUCGACCUGCCCCACCUGGCGCCUGGCCUGACGCCCGGGAUAUUCCCGCAGCUUGCGGCCGAGGCCAUAGACAUGAUGAUCAUGAUGCCGGUGCUGGAGCGUGCCGCCGCCGCCGGCGACGCCCAUGCGUACAGCGAGUGCUUCGCGAGCUCGGUGCCGGCUGCGUGGUGUAGGCCUCGUGUGUUCCUGCUGCAGUUCGGGAUCGCGCUCUACGCCCUGCUCCGGAUGGUGGUCUGGAAGGUGUCCUGGAUCGUGCUCGCCGAGUCGUUGGAGCUGUGGUUCUCGCUCCAGAGCGCGCUCAUGACCGGCCUGAAUUUGCUGAUGGCUCCGUGGACGAGUCUCAUCGCGAUUCUAACAGCACUGUCGACUCCGCAGAGUUUGCGUAUCCGCGGUCGCUACGCGCGCGGGUUCCCGAUCGUGCUCCUGGUGAUGCUCAUGCUAAUGAUCAGGCGCUACGCCCCGCUGCUCUGGAUAGUGCUCCGGACUGUGUUCCGGAUCGUGCUCGCUGCCUCGCUGGAGCUCUGGAUCGUGCUCCAGCUGGGGCGAAUGCCGAGGGCGAUGUCGGGCCCCCUGGCGAUGCUGCAGACACCGCAGAGGACCGGCCAGAAGCCGCUGAUGACUCUGCUGUUCCUCCGGAGGCUGCUCCGCCUACGGCUGGUCUGCCUCGGCCGUCGGAUUGAGACCGUGCUGUACUGGAGGAAGAAGGCGACCCCACACUCCCCGCUGGUGCAGGACUACAGGCUCCGGGCGUGCGAGCUGCGGCGCCUAGUGGAUGAGGCCGUUGUGCGCGUCCAGUGUCCGGCCGUGCCGUGGCGGUCGCUCUUCGUGCGAUUCGAGCCGAUGACGGCCAAGGUCUGGUGGGGAUGUUUCAGGCGCCCUGCAGACCUGCGCCGCGUCACGCAGGACACCCGGACCUGCAGAUGGUCGAGCGCGGCGCCCGUCUCCUUCGCCGCGCUGCUGGCCACGCUGGGCGUGCUCGACCUCAUCAGCCACAGGCUGUACAAGCAGGCCAUCGAGAAGGCGAGCGAGUACUGCCAGUGA